AUGGUGACUACUUCUAAGCCUCCAACAAUUACUGAAGCCAUUGACUUGAGCGUGGCUUUGACUGAGGAAGCGAUCAGAUUGGGCAAGUUUUCAAUCUCCGAGCAGAAGAAGAAAGAGACUCAUGUUGAGUCUUCUGGAGAGAACAAAAGGAAGUUCUCAAAUUUCAAGAAGAGUACCCAAGGAAACAACAGCGGUACGAACAAGCGUAGAGAUGCUAACCCACCAGCCGAGGUCAGGACUGGUGCUACAAGUUCCGAGAACAAAGGAAAGGGAUACAUGGGUACUCUGCCCAAGUGUGAUAUUUAUCAGCAUCAUCACACAGGACGAUGUAGGUAUGGGAAAUGUGAGAACUGUGGCAAGACUGGAAAUCGCAAUCAAGGAGGAAAUGGAAAUUUCGGUGGAAAUGGAAAUCGUGGUGGUUUUGGGAAUCAAGCUGGUAACGGAAACCGUGGAGGAAACAACAAUCAGGGUGGAAGUGGAAAUGGGAAUGGACGUGGCCAAGGUUGUUUGAUUGCGGUGAUGUAG